AUGGAGAAAAAUUCUUCUUUGCAGCAAAAGAUGACAUCUACAUUUUUGCUCAUUGGUCGUCUCAUUCUACUGAUACCUCUGAUACCUCUGUUCAGUGCUGAAGAAUGCGUUAUUUGUGAUUACUUUGUGCUUGUUGGAGAGCCUACAGCUAUUAGUUGCCCAAUAAUUACAUUGCCAGUGCUUCACUCUGAUUACAAUCUGACAUGGUAUAAAAAUGGUAGUGUUACACCAGUAACCACAGAGAGAGAUGCCAGGAUCCAUCAGCGAGAGGGCUUGCUUUGGUUUAUUCCUGCAACGCUGGAAGAUUCUGGACUUUAUGAAUGUGAUGUAAGGAGCCUUAACCACUCUAACCAAAAAACUAUAAAUUUAAGAGUUUUUAAGAACGAUAAUGGUUUGUGUUUUAAUGGAAAAAUGAAGUAUGAACAAAAAGUGAUGAGCACAAAUAUUGGAAAGAUUAUAUGCCCUGAUCUAGAACAUUUUAAAGAUGAAGACAAUAAUCAGCCUGAAGUACACUGGUAUAAGGAAUGUAAGCCUGGUUUUCUUGAAGACAAGCGACUUCUUUUGGCAGAGGGUGAAAAUGCUGUCUUGAUUCACAACGUAACUGUACAAGACAGAGGAAACUACACAUGCCGUAUGGUAUACACAUAUAUGGGAAAACAAUAUAAUGUUUCACGAACCAUGAGUCUAGAGGUUAAAGAAGGACCACUGCAGGUGAGACCAGAGUUUAUUUAUCCGAAGAACAAUACAAUUGAAGUAGAACUUG